GCCUGCAAUGAAUCACAUAACAUAAGCUAUACAUUAAUUUUCUCCAUGGAGCAUCCUAACAUAUCAUUCUUACACUUCAUUUUAUUUUCAACAAGUUUCAUUUUGUUCCUCACACAAAUUAUUAAAGUUGGAAAAAUAAUAUUAUUAAGGGUCACAAAAACAACACAUAAAAAAUUUCCACCCGGACCAUGGAAACUUCCAAUCAUAGGAAGCAUACACCAUCUUAUAGGGUCUCUACCCCAUCAUAGUUUAAGACAACUAUCCAAAAUUUAUGGCCCUUUAAUGCACCUAAAAUUAGGUGAAGUAUCAACCAUAGUGGUUUCUUCCCCUGAAUUUGCCAAAGAAAUUUUGAAAACUUAUGAUUCCAAUUUUGCUCAAAGACCACACCAAAUUGGUGCGGAUAUUAUGUGUUAUGGUUCAAGUGACAUAGCUACUGCCCCUUAUGGAAGUUAUUGGAAACAAUUAAGAAAAUUAUGCUCACAAGAACUUCUUUGUACAAAACGUGUGAGAUCAUUCCAAUCAAUUAGAGAACAAGAGGUACAUAAUUUAAUAACAUACAUUUCUAAUAACAUUGGAUCAUGUAUUAAUCUUAGUGAAAAAGUUGCUUGCAUGACAAGUACAAUUACAUCAAGGUCAGCUUUUGGCAAAAUAUGCAAGGAUCAACAAGAAUUUAUUUCAUUGAUUAAGAAACUUGUCACACUUGCUGAAGGUUUUGUUGUUAUUGAUUUGUUUCCUUCACAAAAAUGGUUACAUUUGAUUAGUGGAAUGAAGCCUAAAUUGGAGGAGUUGCAUAGAAAAUUUGAUAAUAUUAUUGAAAAUAUCAUCAAAGAGGCUGUGACAAAGAAAGGUAAUGAUGGAGAAACAAUAGAGAGUUUUCUCUCUGUUCUUCUUAGGAUUAAAGAUCAUGAUGAGGCACUUGAGUAUCCCUUGACUAUUGACAACAUCAAAGCUGUAAUUUUGGAUAUGUUUGUUGCUGGAAGUGAUACAACAUCUGCAAUCAUAGAAUGGUCCAUUUCAGAAAUGCUGAAAAAUCCAACAACAAUGAUCAAAGCUCAAAAAGAAGUAAGAGAACAUUUUGGUAACAAAGGUUACAUUGAUGAAACAUCUCUUCAAGAACUAAAAUAUCUAAAAGCAAUCAUCAAAGAAACACUAAGAUUACACCCUCCUUUUCCUCUUCUUCUCCCAAGAGAAUGCAGAGAAACUUGUGAGGUUAAAGGUUACACAAUACAAGCUGGAAACAAAGUGAUAGUAAAUGCAUGGGCAAUUGGAAGAGACCCUGAGUAUUGGAAUGAAGCAGAGAGGUUUCUUCCAGAGAGAUUUUUGGAUUGUAAAAUUGAUUAUAAAGGUUCUAAUAUUGAAUAUAUACCUUUUGGUGCUGGAAGGAGAAUUUGUCCUGGUAUUUUGUUUGGUGUAUCUAGUAUUGAACUGUGUCUUGCAAAGCUUCUUUAUCAUUAUAAUUGGGAACUUCCUAGUGGAUUAACUGAAGAAAAUCUAGAAAUGACUGAAGCUUUGAGCUCUUCAUCAAGAAGGAAAACUGAUUUGAUCUUAGUUCCUAUUUCUCGAUACACUUAUGUUGUAAGGGAUCUGGAUUGACUGCAGUUGGAUUUGUUAUCAUGGUUAUUGAUUUACUUUAUUUAAAAAGAUAGAGAAAAUGUAAGUGAAGAGAAAGCUAUUGUGUGAAGAUUGUAAAUUGGAGUCACUAUGACUAAAUAAGUGUGUUUGUAUAGAGGACAACUAGUGUGUGAAGGUGAAUUUACACCAGCUAUUUAGUUAGUUGUACUAUUUUACAUAUAUAUUCAUAAUGUACAUUUUAUUAUAUAUAAAAUAUAUUAUGUGUGCAUUGUUAUUAUAAAA